UGACAUCUUCCUUAGACAUGAAUGAACACUUAAGAUGAUGCGCAAUAAUUCAAACAGUCAAAACAAGAAAUAGUAGUCUUUUGUAUCGUUGAUCAUGCACAUGCUGGGCAUCUAUAAAUAUGGUCUCUGUGCAACAUUGGAAGAGUCACAAACCUGAAGAGAAACAUGUGGGUUCUUCCAUUGUGUGUUGCGGCAGCGACUCUACUGUAUUAUGUUCUCUGGGUCUACAAGUGGAGGAACCCCAAAUGCAAUGGAGUUUUGCCUCCCGGUUUGAUGGGUUUGCCUCUCAUCGGGGAGACUCUCGAGCUCUUGAUUCCCAGUUACUCUCUCGACCUCCAUCCUUUCAUCAGAAAGAGAGUUCAGAGGUAUGGGCCAAUAUUCCGAACCAAUUUAGCAGGUCGGCCUCUCAUUGUUUCGGUAGACCCUGAAUUUAAUAACCACAUCCUUCAGCAAGAAGGAAGGCUAGUUGAAAUGUGGUACUUUGACACCUUUGCCAAGCUAUUUUCAAUGGAGGGUGAAUCCCGGAUGACCAGAGUUGGUCUUGUUCACAAGUACAUAAGAAGGAUCUUUCUGAGUCACUUUGGCUCCGACAUCCUCAGAGAAAAGCUGCUUCAGCAAAUAGAGGAAGUGGUUGAGAGAAGCUUAAGAAUGUGGUCGAACCAACCGUGCAUCGAAGUGAAACUAGCCGCUUCUGCUAUGAUGUUCGAUUUCGCGGGGAAGCAACUUUUUAGUUAUGAUUCUGACAAGACUUCAGCAGACACUACCGAUGAGAGGUUCACCAGGUUCUUAAGAGGUUUCAUGGCCUUUCCUUUGAAUGUCCCGGGUACUGCAUACCGUAGGUGCCUAAAGGAACACAGGAAAUUGAUUGAUAUGCUCAAAGAUAUUCUGAGGAAGAGACUCAAUUCAAGGAAAACAAGCAGCGUGGAUUUUCUCGAUCAGGCAAUUGACAGCAUGGACAACCAGGAGUUCCUGACAGAGGAUUUCAUAGUUCAUAUGAUGUUUGCUGGCAUCUUUGCAAGCUCUGAGUCUAUUUCGUCAAUGCUGGCUAUGAUCUUCAAGUUACUUUCUGAGAACCCAGCAGUCCUAGAGGAAUUAAGGGCCGAGCACUCACGGAUCCUUGAAAGGAGAGAGGGGCAAAUUACUGCACUUUGUUGGGAUGAAUACAAGUCGAUGACUUUCACGAUGCAGGUGACGCCGAACCCCUUCACAGGGGUUUUCAUAUCUAUGCCUUCCAUGCUUCAACGAAGAAUCGUGUUCCAACAUGUAAAAGUACUCUUUGGAAAAUAA